GAAAAUUCAAGUUUCGACGAAUUGCUAUGAAUUGCUAUAUGUUUAUCUAAUUUUCGUUGGGAGAAAUUCAUCAUUACUGUGAUGGCAAAGUGGAUUUCGCUGGAUGGAAUCGGACCAGAAGACGUUUUUCGAAGGAAUUAGCUGAAAUCGGAAGCGAAUUUGAUCAAGGAGAAAGAAUUUGUUCCGAGAAUGGCCGUCUUGGCUUUGGUUGUGUUGGUGUAUGCGACGAGCAUUAAAUAAUGUGUGUUGUCUAUAUAAUAUGAUAUGCACUAUGUUUUGAAAUAUUGCUGCGUUCCAAUGCGGUGGCUGAGUCACCGGAGUUCGCUGAGCCGAUUUCUUUUCCUGCAUGUAUUUACUGAAGAAGAGGAGCAGCAAGUUGUUGGUUAGUACCUUUUAUCACUACAUUCUUCACGAAGUCGUUCGGAAUCGGAAAAUCAAAUAAGAACGCCGCUCAAGAACGACGGUAUUGCGAUGCGACUGCACGGCGUCGUCGUCGUCGUCGUCGUCGGCAGUGACUUUGAAACGGCACAAGUGAAAACGGGUGCUAGCCAGUAGAAAUUUGCUUUUAUCCUCGAUUGACCUUGGCAUUUCUGUAGCGGCGCUAAGAGAAAAGAUAAAUUAAUUUUGUUUUUGCUGGCAUCAGUUCAUGGUAUCGAAUGUUGGCCAUUGAGGGAAAUCGAUACUCUGUGGCCAGAGGUAUAGGAUAUGACUACAUUGAGGGUCUUUGGGUGGUUGCUAAACGUCAAGAUUCUGAUUCGUAGGUGCUUGAUAGGAGAACUUAAAAAUGAAGAACUCAGUAAACAAGAACAAUACUUAACGAGAAUUCUUUGAAUUUGUUGCUAAAAAUAACUCUUCAAUUAAAUAUCCCAAACAACUCUUAAUGUGGGCAUGUAAAUGAACAAUCAUUGAACUGUGUGCGAUUGUUUUUGUUUUGAAAUUCCAACCUGCCUUGCUUGUUUUCAACUUAUAUCAGUCUAGGCAGGAGUUGGGUUGGAUAUGGACAUCAUCAAACGGCACGACUGUAUUGAUUUAUGGCAUAACGCUAAUUUUUGUUUGUUCUUUUCAAUCACAGGAAAAAGUGAUUUAUCGUGUGCUAGCUGCUACAAUGCAAUAGAAAAAGACGAAUACAUUGCCGCACUCGGACAGGAAUGGCACGCUGACUGCUUCAGGUGCUCAGUGUGCGAUAGUCAUCUUUCGAGCUGGUAUUUCGAGAAGGAGGGUUUGCUGUUCUGCAAGGAUGACUACUGGGCAAAGUAUGGCGAAUGUUGCCAACAGUGUGGUCAGGUGAUUUCCGGUCCUGUUAUGGUUGCUGGAGAUCACAAAUUUCAUCCGGAGUGCUUUUGCUGUGACUCGUGUAAGAUUUUUAUUGGUGACAGAGAGGCAUAUGCGCUCAUAGAACGAUCCAAGCUGUUUUGUGGACAAUGCUACAAGAGGCAGUUUAAGGAUACCUCAAAACCGGUACGACAAAUUUCAGGCAGUGCCAUGACAAAUGAAACCGAUGGUGCAUCGAAGAAGACCCCGCACUCUAUUCGGCUAGUAGAGAUUCCGUGGUCCAAUGUUAAGAAGGAUGGUAUUCGCCUAUCGGUGGAGGAACACCUUUAUGGCCUUCCAGCGCAUUCCGCCGCGGGAUGCAAAGGAGUUCGAAUCUCGGAGGUGUUCUGCACUUUCUAUGGGCAGGUUGGAAAAUACAUUUUCUCAUGUGUAUCUACUGCCCUAGACGCUUGUUGCGGGGUGCUACAUUGUAGAAUUGAUCUUACAUCCGAUCUGAUGUCCCUGCAUAUCGGAGACAAAAUUCUCGAAGUAAACGGUACACCAGUCAGAGAUGCUCCUCUUGAAAACGUGGAACAGUUAAUUCAAAACUCCGGCAAAGUUCUUCAGCUGACAGUGGAACACGAUCCAGAAGUAGUUGAUCGAUGUCAUUUGAGUCGGAAGAACGCCACCGACGAACAGCAAGUAGUGGCAUCGAUGGAUGCCAACUGUAACAGUACCGGCCUCACCGUCGAUAACAACGUGCUCAAAGAACGUUCUCCCUCGCCAAAUAAGUACGAUAAGGAAAGAAUUUUCAAGAAAAAAGACGAAGGUUACAUAAGUGGUACUUCGCGAAAGCUACAAAAGCGUCUGAAAGACGUAAACUGUAACAAUGCUUCAAACAGUCUUAAAGAAAAGGAGCGAAGUUCCAGUAUGUCCAAACUGCUGGACGAGUACCAGCAACAUCAUCACAGUGGAGAUUUCUACGAUCUGUCUCGUACCAAAUCCUUCAGGGUUGAGCAGAAAGCAGCUCGAAUUUUCCGGGCAUCGGAUCUCGUGCAGGGAGAAUUGCUGGGGAAAGGUUUCUUCGGUCAGGUGUUUAAGGUGACGCACCGGGUGACACAAGAAGUGAUGGUACUGAAAGAACUAUACCGAGUGGAUGAAGAAGCGCAAACAAAUUUCCUUAAAGAAGUAGCCGUACUGCGGUCUCUAUCGCAUCACAAUGUAUUGCGCUUCAUAGGAGUGCUGUACAAAGAUAAGAAGCUACACUUGGUGACGGAAUUCAUACCGGGCGGUUCACUAAAAGAACUGAUUCAUGAUUCCGGCCUUCCUCUGCCGUGGGGACAGAGAAUUAGCUUUGCUCGGGAUAUCUCCUGUGGUAUGAGUUACCUACAUUCCAUGAAUAUUAUACAUCGGGACCUGAACUCGCUCAAUUGCCUCGUACGGGAAGAUAGGACGGUGAUCGUGGCCGAUUUUGGAUUAGCACGAAUCAUCAAGCAGCCUUUCAGCACAGCGUUCGAAAAGUGUUCGCAAACUAACGGAACUGGAACCAUCGGUCGACGUGGAAGGCCUCGCCGUCAACGCUAUACCGUUGUAGGAAAUCCUUAUUGGAUGGCUCCGGAAAUGAUGCGAGGGAAUAAGUACGACGAAAAAGUCGAUAUCUUUUCCUUUGGUAUCAUGCUUUGCGAGAUCAUAGGGCGAGUGCAGGCUGACCCUGACUUUUUGCCGAGGACUUCGGAUUUUGGACUGAAUCAAGCAGUUUUUAAGGAGAAGUUUUGCGACCAAUGUCCAGAACCUUUCUAUAAGAUUGCAUUUUUGUGCUGUGACUUGAAUCCUGAUAAACGGCCUCCAUUCGAUAUAUUGGAAGUGUGGCUCGAAAGCAUGGCUCGGAAUGCUGCUCUCGGCAAACCUCUUCCUUCGGAUGUCGCAUACGAAAUUUAUCACUACAAGGGCCAGAAGAGCAACGACUCGAGCAUGUGUACAACUCCGGAUGGCCUAGCAACGCCACCACCUUCGGGCGUAAAACCAUCACUGAGUCGCAAGAGAAUCAACGAAGGUAUGGUAGAAGAGAAAGAAAAUUGUGAAAAGACGGUACGACCCACCGAUGGUGGUGUCGAUAUGGUAGACUGUGCAAGAUCUUCUAAUGGAGUUCGGGCAACGAAAGACAACAUGGAAAACAAUAACAUUACCAAUAGCGAUAGCACUAGUAGUAAUAGCGUAAAUGCAAGCGGUUUCAUUUUAGGCGGUACGGAAAUACCGAGGUCGCCACAUUUGAGUAAGGAUUUUUCUCCCAAUGGGGAUCGGAUUCGGGAUAGCAUAAGGGCACGACGAAGACAGCGGAUGAUACUUAACAGGGAAAAUCAGCGGAAAUCUUUGGAUUCGAGUAAUUUGGGUCUAAAACUAAGCGGUAUGGAUUCAGUGGUUCAUGCGGAUUCGAGUGUUUCGGAACCAACCAGUUUGAUUCAGAUUGAUCCAAAUGCACUGAAGCAACCUCCUUCGACGGAGGACGUUUUGAAUUCGGUAAAGGAUACUCUGGAAAAGAAUCCUGGUCUAGCGAGGAGGUGCGAUGAGUCACCUAGGACGAAACGUUACGGGGAGAAGGGUUUCAUUAUUCACGUAAACAAUGGCAAUUUAACAUUAAAUAACGUAAAAGACUUGGAAGGUUGCUCAGAUUUUGACUCGAGUUGUGACACUAGUUUAAAUUAUAUUGAUCUGAACGGCAGCAGCGUAAAUGCUAGUUUGUUACCUGCUGUAGAAAAUGACGAUAUGGUAAGAACGAGGGAACCGCAGGAUAUUUGGUCAGUGCCGGUGGUUAAAGUUUCCCCAGAAUCAGCAACUGCACAUGUUGCUGUAAACUUAGAAGCACAGAAAAUAACGAACAAAUGUGCUCUGGAAGAUCUUAGAACACAGUUGAGUAUGUGUAGGAAAGACGAUUUAGAAAAGCAGCAAUCUGAGAAAGAAAACGUUAAAGUAGCGGUAGUAGCUGAAACUAAAGACGCGAAAAGUAGUAGGAUGUUCAGUAAAAUUAACCCGCUUGCAACUAUUCUAGGAGGUAAGAACAGUUCGCCGGAGAAGGAAAGAUCUAAGAGUCCAAUAAAACCCAAUAAAUAUACAUCGAAGCUAUUCCGUGUUAGUGAUACGCCAAUAUUUGAGCGACGUAAUAUUAGUUCUCCAGUUCCUCCACCAAUGAAACGUAGCGACUCAGGUGAUCAGAUUAAGCCGCCAAAAUCUUCAAGUCAAGAAAAACCUAUGUUCGCUUCGAAGCAAAAAGUUUCACCAACUUCUGAUCUAAAGCCCCAGUCUAGUUUCGGUGAGAGUACUCCGACCUCGAGUGGUAAUAGCUAUGCCAUUAGUAAGCUUAAAGCCUCUAGAAAUAUCUUUUCCGACAAAAAUCUUCCUCAAGUGUUUGUCUACAAAACCAAAAAGACACCAACCGCAACGGCCCACGUUGCAUCUGAUGCCAUAUGUACAAGUAGCUCUAGUACCAUUACUAGUAGUAAGUCGAAAUCGUUAGCGGUAACAGUAGAAAAGCCGCCCACGAACAAGAAGCCACCGAUUGCCGGUGGCGCCACUAGUAGUGGCAAUAGUAUACUUAGUUUAAAUAAGAAUCGCACUUUUCGACCGACGGAGAGUAGCUCGACAAGGCAUUCCAGGCGUCAGCACUUGGACAAACCGGUCGAAAAAUAUGUGGCCUUAUCGUCAUCCCUUAGUGGAAGUGGUAGCAACUCUCGCACCGAGUCUCCUUCGCCUACCUGUGGUGUUAGUGGUGCUCAGAGUCGAGUACGAACGCCUAACAACCGCACCGGGAUACUUUCACCUGAAAGCAUCCGGAAGCUUAAUGCCAGACUAUUAGAAACUCGCAAACUGUCCAAUGAAAGUGAGGCAAGUGCUAGUAAUUCUUUGAUUAAAAGUAGAAUUACAGGGCACGGUGGAAAAUCCACGGGGGCGCACAAAGGAGAGGCUCAUCAUGAGAAUAAAAGUCGGUCAGUUGUGAAAACCAAAAGAGGUGAAAUCAAAGCGGCAGCUAUAUGAGCUUGUCUGUUGGAUUUUGAAAUCUUUGCUUUUUUCUUGUCCCAAAAUAUCUAACAUUAAAAAUUAAAAAUUUAUCGGAAAAGAAUGCCCGCACCCUCUACAAUCGAUACAUUACCGAACUGGUUUCCCUUGAUUCUAGUUUGCCUUCACAUGUUGUUUUCUCAUUACUCAGGGGGGCACUCGUGAUUGACUAGUAAUUUGUGAGAAAUUGACAUAUGUUUCAAAAGCUACAGGUUCAUACUAGAAAAUGUGAUCAUGUACAAAAGCAAGAUUGGUUAAUUGGGGUCUACAGCGUUUGACAUACGACCGUUUGGCAUACAGUCGUUUGGAAUACUUCGGUUGGCAUACAGUCGGCUGGCAUAAUAGUCGUUUGGUAUAACAGUCGUUUCAAACGACUCGUUUGGCAUAUUGCCGUGUUAUUAUAACAUUGUACAACAAUAAUAGUAAAUUUAGAUAGUUUUUGGCAUCUUACAAAAAAAAAAAAAACAUAGCUUAUUUUUGCUUAAUCAUUAAUACAAACGGCGGUAUCACGUUUAUGGGGAUGCCAUUUCCCGAAGUAACAUAUCCCGAAAUGAUACAUUUUCCCGUAUGCCAUUUCCCGAAAUGAUACAUUCUCCGGAAUUUCUUUUUCCAGAAUGAGCAAUUCUUUAUUGAAAUCGUCCAAAGAAAAAAUAUUUAGGGCUAAUAUCUAAUGUUGGGCCUACUAAGCACAACCCACAUUUUACCUGUCUAUUUCAUGCGGAUUAUUACACAAAAUGGGAUGUUGCCACUAAAGAUGUUUUCAAAAUUUACUCUUUCCAUACAUACUUUAUACCGUUAGAUUUGAUCAAGAGUCACAAAUGGUCGAGAUAUUGUCAAAAAUCUAACACCCUUUCUUGAUUUCAAACUCGGCUUAUGAAUUCUGAUUGCGUCCUAACGCAUUUAAACACAAUUGAAUUCACUUUGGCGUACGUUUGA